UCACUUUACCUUAUUGUUUUUCUUUUUAAUGUUUAUUUGUUUUAUUGGGUUUCCAUUCAGUUUCUUCAAUAGUUCUCUUGUUUGCUUAUGAAUACUUAAUGCUGUUGAUAGGAUUUCUUGUUCGAAUUUCAAGUCUAAAGCUCAUUUUUACAAAUUGUUUACUCUUUCUUUCAUCAAAGAUUUAGUUUUUUGAUAGCGUGGGCUUCUCGGUUAACUGUGAUGGAUUCUUGGAUACCACUUGUAGUGUGUGCAAUUUCUGCUUCUUAAGUGAAAGCCUGCAAUGGAUUUGUCAUUUUAUAGCUUUUGACCGCAGCUUAUCUCGUAUGUUUGCAAGGAAAAAUGUUUUGGUGUAUUUGGAGUUCAUUCUUGUGACUUGCACUUUUGGGUUUUGAACUGGACAAUUAACAAUUUUUCACUAAUUAACUAAUUCCUCGGAUUAUGAAGCUACGUUUCUCUUACAAUUUAGGAGGUUCUGCAUCCGUGGUGUGAGCUCUACGUGCCUUCUUUUUUUUCUGUGUUUACCCUCUGAAUUCUGAUGUGCACGAUUUGAAUGAUUGUUAAUAGUGGAUACCUUUUGUUAAAAGGCCAGUCAAUAUGCUGUAUUUAACUUUUAAAUAUGCUAUCGUAAAUUGCCUUUCCAUACUUCAUAGGAUGCUUUAUUCUUUUAUCUUGCUUGUGUUUUUUUUUUUUUUUUUUCAAUAGUUUGUUAAUUAUUGGUGCUUGGUAGGGCUAGAAGUUUAAAAUUUGAAGAUCCAAAGGAAGAGGAAGUGGUUCAGAGAACUAACACUGGAACAAUAUGAAAUUCUAGUGCAGAUAGGCAAAGGGCUAGAAGUUUAAAGUUCUUUUGAAGGAAGGGGAAGGGGGUUCAUAGAACUCACAAUGGAGCAGUAUGAAAUUCUAGAGCAGAUAGGCAAAGGUUCCUUUGGUUCAGCUCUUCUUGUGAGGCAUAGACAUGAAAAAAAGAAAUAUGUCAUGAAAAAAAUCCGUUUGGCUCGUCAGACUGAGAGAGCUCGCAGGUCUGCCCACCAGGAGAUGGAACUUGUUUCAAAAGUAAGAAAUCCAUUCAUUGUGGAGUACAAGGAUUCAUGGGUAGAAAAGGGAUGCUAUGUGUGCAUUAUCAUAGGGUACUGUGAAGGUGGAGACAUGGCAGAAGCUAUAAAAAAGGCUAAUGGUGUUCAUUUUCUUGAGGAGAAACUUUGCAAGUGGCUUGUUCAACUACUAAUGGCACUAGAUUACUUGCAUGCCAACCAUAUACUUCAUCGUGAUGUCAAAUGUUCAAAUAUAUUUUUGACAAGAGAUCAAGACAUACGCCUAGGUGAUUUUGGUCUUGCUAAGAUGUUGACUUCUGAUGACUUUGCUUCUUCAGUUGUGGGAACUCCCAGUUACAUGUGCCCUGAGCUUCUUGCUGAUAUACCUUAUGGUUCCAAGUCAGAUAUUUGGUCUUUGGGAUGCUGCAUAUUUGAAAUGGCUGCUCACAAACCAGCAUUUAAAGCUUUUGAUAUGCAAGCACUGAUUAACAAAAUAAACAAGUCUAUAGUGGCUCCUCUUCCUACCAUGUACUCUGGAGCAUUCCGAGGGCUUAUCAAAAGCAUGCUGCGGAAGAAUCCAGAAUUUAGACCAAGUGCUGCGGAGUUGCUCAGUCAUCCACAUCUUCAACCUCAUGUUCUCAAGAUUCAUCUAAAGUUGAAUAGUCCCAGGCGGAAUAGUUUCCCUGUCCAUUGGUCAGAAUCUAAUUUUAUAAAGAAAACUAGAUUCACAGAGCCAGAAGCUGUCUCCAUUUUUCCCAACAGAGAGAAAAGACGAUCGUUCAGCAAUGACCGGACCUUGAAUCCUAGUAUCUCUGAAACUGAAGACUCCCCAGAUUCUUCACAAACAGCAGAACAAUUCCCAAGUUACUUAACUCAGCAGUUCAAAGAAAUAUCUUUUAGUGUUGUCCAUGAAGAGAUUGAAAUAAAUAAAGAAGUUGCCACAAAAUUUUCAAUGGCUGCCAAAACCCCAAGAAUGACACCAUCUAAAGUUUCUGCGACUCCAAAGAGACAGACAAUUCCAUCAAAGAUGCCCCAAACUGGCUCAAAGCGUGAUUCGCUUCCAGUUUCAUGUACUCCAGCAAGCAAAUUUUCUCAUCUUACACGCAGAGCAUCUCUGCCAUUCCCCACAAGAGCUUCCAACUUGGCUACCCCUUAUAGGGCUAACACUGGCCUUCUUCCUAUUGUGGAUUCACCUGAUGUUUCUGUCAAUGCUCCGAGAAUUGACAAGAUUGCCGAAUUCCCAUUGGCUUCUUCUGACGAUCCUUUCAUUCCCAUCCAUGGAACAUCAUCGACUUCAGCACAGUGUUCUUCUUCAUCUCCAGAUAGUGCUGACUGCUCGAUCACAAAAGACAAGUGUACUGUCCAGGUUUUGGACAGAGCUGUUACCAAGAUUCAUUUAACUGAUACCAGUCAUGAAGUUGAACAAACUGGAAUUGAAUGGUUGGAGCAUAAUCCAACAACUGCUGUUUCAAGCCGAUCCUCUUCAGAGUCCCGACAGCGCAGGUUUGACACCUCGUCAUACCAACAGCGUGCAGAAGCAUUAGAAGGAUUGCUUGAGUUUAGUGCACGGCUGUUGCAACAGAAACGGUUUGAAGAGCUUGGAGUGCUGUUGAAGCCAUUUGGCCCAGAGAAGGUUUCUCCUAGAGAAACUGCCAUUUGGUUGGCAAAGAGCUUCAAAGAGACUGCAGUCUAGAGUACCUAAUACAGCAUGGUUGUUGCCGCUUGUACAUUGACAUGUAAUCUCAUUUUCUAGGAGAAAAUUAGGGCAUAGUCUUCACGUUUGGAAGGCAUUUAGAGAUGGUGCUAAGGAGUAGGAAUGAUCUCCAUUCUCAGAGGCUGUGUUUGAACUUAAAAGUCAAAUGGAAAGGAAAUUUCUAGUAACCAUU